AUGGCCUUGGACCUGGAGGAGUAUUUGCGCACGGCUUUCCGGGACAAGCUGUGGCUGCCGCAGCGGGCGUCCCUGGGGAGGGUCCUGGUCACGCCACGGUGGUGGGUGCCCCUGCCCGUGUUCUCCCCACCUGGGCAUGAUGAGCUCCAUGCAACCCACGGCAGGACGGUGCCAGCGUGGGAUGCCACCGCACUGCAGCCCUCCACGCGCUUGCUGCGGAAGAGGCGGGAGGUGGCGGAGGUGGAGCGGGUGCUGCAGAGCCAGCGGGAGGUAAGGGUGGCCCCCAGCCCAUCCAUGCACCCCCUCCAGAUCCCACAGGAGUUUCGGCAGAGGAUGGAGUGCCUGGAGCAGCGCUGGCAGCAGCUGGGCCAGCGGAAAGAUGAGCUCCGGGAUGUUGUCCUCAAAUUUGAUGCCUUCCUCAAGACUUCGGCGGCGAGGCAGGAGCAAGCACGGCGGCGGGCAGACGAGGAGCGGGCGCGGGUGGCAGGGCAGGGUGCCGAGGCUGCCCGCCUGCGCCAGGAGCUUGGGGGGCUGCUGCAGCGUAGGGAGUGCCUGGCCCGGCGCCUGCGGAGCCUCCGCAUCUUCGGCGACUACCUGCAGGGCGUGCUGGCCAGGAUGGGGCAAUUCCAGGAUGUCCCAGCCAUGCUGGCCCAUUUUGGGGUGCUGGCGGGGACGCGGGCAGCCCUGGCACAACAGGCAGAAGCUGGGCAGGAGCGGCUGGCCCAGGGCUGGGCACGGCUCCGGCAAUACCAGGAGGAGGCCGGCAGCGAGCUCCGGCACACCAACAACGAGCUGGCCCAGCUCUGCGCACGCCUGGAGGCCACCCGCCAUGACGUGCUCCAGGCGGAGUCCCGCUGGGCCCACGUCCAGAGCACAGCCACCCAGAAGACCCUGCUGCUGGGGCAGAUCAAGCUGGCAGUGCUAAACCUCUUCCAGCUUGCCACCUCGCGGCUCAAGGUCCCCGCAGCCGUGGCCCUGGAGGACACCGAGGCCCAGCUGGACACGGUGCUGCUCUGCAUGCAGGACCUGGCUGCCAUCUGUGCCGAGCUGCGCCCCAGGCAGCCGGGGCCAUGUCCCCCGCGCCUGCCUGCAGCCACCAGCAUGCACCCACUGCGCCACGGGGCUGCCAGGGUGCCUCCGAGCCAGGAAUAG